AUGAUGAUGAUGAAGAACAACUCCUUUUUCAUGCUCGCGUCUACGAAUCUCGGAUUUUGGAGUGUUUCUCUGAAGAUAGUGGUAGCAGAUAUGACGAUAUUGAAGUUCCGCGUUCUUGAUCUAAGAUCUUGUUAUCUACGCGCGGCCGAUCCUGUACGAGCUGUCUCUGCACGAAGUGACUUCGGACGGACUGAUUCUCCACAAUUAGAUCUUGAAAAGAUAGUUCUGUCAGAAGACAUGCGACUAUCAUUACCUGGCCCUGUCUGCGAAGCCGUCUCAGCUCUACUUGCGUGA